AUGAUCAGAGCAAGCAGCACAAGCAGUAUCAUUUCAGCUUCUUCCAAUACAAACAACAUAAAAGACACAUUGACAAAGGAUGGCCCUACUUUUUACAACUCAGCAGCAACAAUUGUCAUGAUGAGUGAAGUGUUGGCUCAGCCUGAAUCUAUGAUCGGACAAACUGUGCGAGUCCUUGGUCGACUGAAAGACUACAAUGUCCACAAGAACAUAGUGCAAGCAGAAUACAAAGGCCAAUGUAUGUCUAUUGACACUACGCUAUUGGGAAUAUUCGAUUACAAAUUAGGAUCGCUAUACCAAUGGAUUGGUGAACUUGCUAGUUUUACUGGACAUGGAGGGAUAAUACUGCACGCUAGAAUCCUGCGUAACAUGGACGAACUGGACACCGCCUUGUUUGAAGAUACACUUAAGCUUCGCAGAGCGAUCAUGGCCCAAGAUCAACUAAACUAA